AUGGGAGCCAAUAUCAAAGUCACCGAGGGGUCCGUUGAGGGUUAUGCUCCUUCGGGAUUACAUGGGGCCACCAUUCAUAUGCAGAUCCCAUCCGUGACAGGAACCAUGGACUUGAUGAUGGCAGCAUGUCUAGCCUCCGGAGUGACGUAUAUCUACAAUUCAGCCCGUGAACCCGAAGUGACAGAUCUGGCCCACUGCCUCAUCAGCAUGGGCGCGAUGAUACAAGAAGGAGUGGGACCCGGCCCUAUCACCAUUUUCGGCUGUGAUAAGCCCCUCCUCCCCUACCGAUACAAAGUCAUGGAAGAUCGAAUUGAGGCAGAGGCAUUUCUGAUUCUUGGGGCAAUGGCUGGAAAUCCUCUCACAGUGCAUGGAUGUACUCCUAAAUACCAGACCGCGUUGAUAGAAAAGCUGCGUGCAGUGGGUGCUCAGAUCGACAUCAGGAAAUAUUCGAUAAUUGUCCGCAAGGCUAUAUGUCCCGUAGCCGUGGACAUCCAGACGGGCCCAUAUCCUGCCUAUCCGUCAGACCUUCAACCGCAAUUCAUGACACUACUCUCGGUGGUGCGGGGCACGUCCCGGAUCACUGAGGCGGUCUUUGAGAAUCGCUUCAAUCAAUCUGGUGGGCUUAUUGCCAUGGGAGCAGAUAUAUGCGUUGACGGGGAGGAUGCUGUGAUAUCGGGUGUGAGAGAGCUGUCCGGGAGCAUGGUAGCUGCUACAGAUUUACGGGUUGGUGCUAGUCUAGUCAUUGCAGCCAUUGUCGUCAAGGGGAUCACUGUUAUUUCAAGCGCUCAGCAUAUUGACCGGGGGUAUUAUGGGCUACAGAGGAAGUUGGAAAAGAUCGGCGUGACUGUGACGCGGUCUCUUGGUUUUGAUGAAGGUGCCGGGAAAGUAGACAGUCGGGUGGCCGUUCCUGCUCUCUGCUCAAGAGUGUAA